GUCCCAACAGGAGUGGUGAAAUUACAGCCUUCCUUGCCGAGGAAGAAAGACGGGCCAGCUGGCUCCAGGGGAAGAAGCAGCCAUCUGAGCGCAGCACAGCCGUGGCGGGAUGUCCCAACCUUGACGCCAAGUUUGGCUCAAGCCUCUGCACUGUGCCACAUUCCAGCGAGGUCCGGGUGCCUCUUGACUUUGGCAGCCCUCCUUUGAGCCUUUUCGCCCUGCCAGGAAGGGAUCUUUGGAAUUCUUCUAGGGGGACGGUGUGCUGGCACCUCUGGGCAAUGGCUGUUUGGGCUGCUGUGGCCCCGUGCCAGGGCUGAAGCCGGCACCUCGAGAUCUUUGGCUGUCCGGACACAUGGGCAUCCCUGGUGCUAGGCAGCCUCUCUGAAGCAUAAGGUGAGUCGGGGUCGCCCUCAAAAGCUGGCAGCCAAGGCGGUGGAGCCACUUCCAACGACAAGUUCCAGAAAAGCCACUUUUUAAAGGUUUUCAGCAGACAGUGGCGGGGGCAUUUCUGUAGGAAACAGCCUACUUCACCAGAUGCAGAAGGCAGCUUGAGAGAGAACGGAAAAAAGAGCAUCAAUAAAUUCCUGCUUUAAAAGGGUGGCGUGGUUUUUUUUGGAGCUGUGUGCAGAGCGAAAGUGAAAAGGUGGGCGGCGAUGGUGAUGCUGUCGGUUUCGAAAAACGGCACUAGGCGGAGUGGCAGCUCUCUGUGUGCAGCCAGGAGCCUUGGCAUGCGGCGGGCCACGGGCUGGCUCUUUCUCCUGCUGCUCGCCUUGGAGUGCCUCUGCUCCGCCUUCGCGCUCUCCACUUGCAAGACUGUGGACAUGGACCUGAUGAAGCGCAAGCGGAUCGAGGCCAUUCGGGGCCAGAUCCUUAGUAAGCUCAAGCUGUCCAGUCCGCCCGAAGUGGAAGAGGCCACGACUUUGUCUGAUGAGAUUGUGGCACUUUACAAUAUCACCAAGGAUUUGAUCAAGGAAAAGGUCACGGAGGAGCCACGGGAGACUCCCCAAGAAGAAUAUUACGCCAAGGAAGUUCACAUGUUCAAGAUGCUGUCUUCGAGUCAUGACAGCUACGGAACACAGUACAAGAGGAACAGCCACAGUAUCUUCUUCGCAUUUGACCUGGAACAGAUCCGGGAUGCCCUCCGUAAUCCGGACCUGCUGUACCGCGCCGAGCUGAGAAUGCUGCGUGGUUCCAGACUGGGAUCGGUGACUGUGCAGCAGCGGGUGGAGCUUUAUCAGCAACAGCAGUUCUCUAGCAACACCUCCUUCUGGGAAUACCUGGAUGGGCGCACAGUCACUGUGACAGCAGAAAAGGAAUGGCUUUCAUUUGAUGUCACCACUGUCCUUCGCCUCUGGCUUGGGAGCACCGAAACUUUCGGCAGGUUCCGUCUCAGCUCCCAGUGUUCCUGCGGAGAAACCGCUGGAGAACUGAAAGUGGACAUAGAAGGCACCAAAUCAAAGCGCGGAGACCAGGAGAGCCUCAGCCGCACUCAGAAAGCGCCCUACCUGCUCGUGAUGGCGAUGCCGCCCGAGCGCGCGGACCAGCUUCAAAGCCACCGGCGUAAGCGAGCCACGCCAGGCAUCCAAUACUGCAGCGAUUCAGCAGAGAAGAACUGUUGCGUGCAGCCUCUUUAUAUUGACUUCCGUAAGGAUUUGAACUGGAAAUGGAUCCACAAGCCCAGCGGCUACUAUGCCAACUUCUGCAUGGGGCCAUGCCCCUAUCUCUGGAGUUCAGACACUCAGUACAGUAAGGUCCUUUCUCUGUACACUCAGCACAACCCUUCUGCUUCCGCCUCGCCUUGCUGUGUUCCGGAUCAACUCGAGCCAUUAGGAAUCGUGUAUUAUGUGGGCCGCGGCGCCAAGGUGGAGCAGCUCUCCAACAUGGUUGUCAAAUCCUGCCGAUGCAGCUGAGGACAAGGACUUACGGACUCAGGAAAUCGAUCCCUUCUGGGCGGGUUGGAAUCUUUUAAAAAUCUAGGUGGAGUAGGGGCCGGGACUAAAAGCAAUGCAGCACGCCCUUCUACAACUCCUGAUUUUAAAAAACCCUCACACCUUAAAAAAGCUUUUUUAUAUAUAUAAAAAAACACCCUUCCAUGAAUGUUACUGUUAUAAUAUUUUAUUAUUUUGUUUUUUAAAAAAAAUCUUUUGAGGGGAUAUUCAUUGCAACUAUCGAAUCCUUUUUAAUUAUUUUGCUUCAGAUUUCAAGAGUUAUUUAAAGAGUUUAUCUCCCUACCCCAGCAAGAAUAGUUAUUUUCUAUUUUUUAAAAAAAAGAAAAGGGAAAUUACCCUCUCCCCACUCUUUUGCCACCAAUCCAAAGGAUAAGCUGGCACAUGAAUUUUUAAAACAGUCCCAGGUGGAAUCAGUGGAGGUGGAACGCCAAAGUCCCCUUCUGCAAAAUGGCAGAAAAGCCUGAUUUUUACAGCCAAAGAACCUCAAAGGAAUGGAGAACUGGGUGGGUGUCAAGGUAUUGGAACGGUGUCUUGAGCAACAGGGUUAAGAUUACAAGGGGGUCAACCCGCUGCCCUCGUUAGAUGGUACGAAACUGUUCAAGACUCUGGGUGGCGCCAAGGCUCCUAGGCAGUGCCAAGGAUACUAUCCCCAAAGAACAUGGCGGAUGGAAAGAAUCUCUAUCUGCACGCAAGUACUGGCUCUCCACUCAGUCCCACACAACUUGAUUAACCGUGCCUCUUCUGUGACGGCUGUGCGGCACAUACUGUAGUCUGGCUCUGCGCUCUACCUGAAGACACCUGUGGCCUCCUGCAACAAAUGCAGUAGUGCGCCAAGCCUGUGAAAGAGGCAAGCUCCUAUGGGGCAGGAGAUUAGUCCUGCUAUUGGAUUCGGCUUGCCGGCCAUUUAGCCCCGCCUCCUUGACCAGAGACUCCACCUACCGUUAGCCUUCCGGAUGCUAGAAAAUUCUGGAAUUAAAAAAAGGAAAUAAUGGAAGGGUAGUUUUUAGGGUUUUUUGUUUGCAUUCAUUUAACGCAGGGUCAACAGAAGGCUAAGGAACUGCGUCAAGGCCGGGUGAGGGGAAGAGGAAGUCAUUGUCACUUUUGCGUGUAACAUUAAAGUUAUUUUUUUCUG